AUGGCCUCCAACGCCGCCUCCUCCUCGCCCGCCGAGCUCUACGACUCCGCCAUGACUGUCCCGUCCGACUCAGAGAACUACUCCGCGAACCAUGAGAUGUCCCCCUCGGCCCCAUCGACCGAAAGCUCACUCAUGAUGCUUUAUAAGCCGCCAAGCGUCUGGGGUCUUCUGCGCGGAGCGGCUAUCAACCUCUUCCUCCCCUUCGUCAACGGCCUCAUGCUAGGCUUUGGAGAGUUGUUCGCACAUGAGGCUGCUUUUCGACUUGGGUGGUCUAACACUAAGGUAUGUGGAAUGUUAGAUGACCUCAUGUCGAUCCUGGUGACUAAUUAG